AUGCGAUCCAGUAUCGCUUGCGCUCGAUGCCGGCGCAGUAAGAUCAAGUGCGUCAAUGCCGGUAUCGAUACCACCUGCCGCGCCUGCGAAUCCUCCGGUCGAGAUUGUGUCUACCCAACGCCCGCCAUCGGUGUCAGUGGGAAUAAACGAGAUUUGGCAGCCUUAGCUGAUGGGGACGAUCGGAAUGGGGACUGGGGUGAUGGACCAAAACGACCACGCCAACGCAAAAUCCCCGGCAUCACUGGUACAGUGCCGGGAUCUAAGACCGGUCUGGAUGUCUUGGAUGCCUCAAUAUUGACCGCUAAAGUCUGGGAAGCCGUCUUUGAUCUAUUCCAGUCCCAUUUCGCAACACAUCUACCCUUCCUACAUCCAGCAACCUUUCUAAGCCAGAUUCGACAACUCUCAACACCCGCUCCGCCAACCCCAGUACAACAGGCCGAUGGUCAGGAGGCCGUUCGAAAUUCAGCGUUCAAGUCGGAUCCAUCCUCGUCACUGAUUCCCUUAGGUGUGCUCGCGUUGACCGCUCGUUUCCACCCACCGCUUGUCGCUUUCCACUCUCCCGUUACGCCCGGCCACGUAGCAAACCCUCUCGCGGCCUCCGAAUUCUAUGCAAAUGCGCUACGUAGCCGGCUGGCUGGCCUUGAUGGCGCUAGCCUGGCUGUGCCUGACCUGGCCCGUGUACAGGCGUUACUGAUGUUGGCGCUUCAUGAGUGGGGGAUGUGUCGGGGUAAGAGCGCUUGGCUUUAUGUGGGUAUGGCAAUUCGGCUUGCUCAAGCGAUGGGUCUGCCUUUUGAGUUGGAGAAUGAGUUUCCCCCUAGGGAUUUCUCUCGCUUAUCGCCAGGGUUGAGGACGGAAGCAGAUCAUUUUGGUCUUUCACGUCGCGUAGAGCCGAGGGAACAGACAUCUGAUGAUAUCAUCGCCCAAGAGACAAAGCGUCGAACAUUCUGGGCCUGUUUCAUACUGGACCGCUGUCUCAGUAGUGGCAAGUAUCGCCCACGCAUGAUCGACGUGAAGGAUCUCGGAAUCCAGCUUCCGAGUGAUAAUGCCUUUGCAUUCGGCGAGCGUGUGCGAACAGCCCGACUGAACGAGCCAACAGUUCGUCGCCCGCAGAGUUUCAGUACCCAAGGCGUUCAGAUUCCGAGUAUUCGUCAGAGUCUAGGAUUCGGCGAUGAAAAGCUUCCCCCAUCAAAUGCGACUCCCGAUGGUAAGGCCUGGUCUCCAAUCUCACGUCGGAAGGAUUCAAGUGAGGAUGAGGUUGAUCGUUGGGAGGUUGGUGCGGAAGAAUCAGUGUUAAGUCGAGUGAUUCGAAUCAUCCGUAUCUGGGGAAGCAUUUCGAAGUGGUCUUGUGCUGGUGGCCGAAGGACAGAGCAACAUCCACCAUGGCACCCCGAAUCACGCUUUGCAACUCUCCACAUGCAGUUAAAUGAGUUUCAGGAUAGCCUUUCGCGAAACCUGCAGUACUCAGUUCGAAAUACGGAUACUCAUAUCAUGUACAAGACCACACUGGCCUCCUACACUGUUAUGCACGUUGUCUACUUCUUAUCUGUCAUUGUUUUGCACCGUGCUUAUAUCCCCUUCUUGCCUCUUCGUUGCAAUGAGCCCACUGGCCCCUUGGAUGAACCGUUGUUACCCUCGGAUAAGGUGAGCGGCCUACCGGAAGGAUUCUGGCGUGACAGUUCCCGUGAGCUCUUCAAGGCAGCACGACAGAUGAUCGACCUUGUAACGACCUGUCAAGCACGUGGAGCAUUGGUUGAGAAUCCUUUGGUCGGGUUUGCUAUCUACAAUGCUGCAUUUACUGGAGUCUAUGGAUCUCAUUUCCCACACAUGGAUCCCGAUGGUCUCUUAGCUGCCAGGCCCCCACCUGCUAGCCACGACAGCCAUCUACCUGGUGCCGUGCAGGUUCGAAAGGUCUUGGAUCUUCUCAAGGACAUGCGGCCACGUCUGAAGAUGGCUAUUGGGUGGUUCCGCACCUUGAACCGUCUCCAUAGUUACUUCUCCAGGGUCAGGCGGGAUUUCCGCCGGUAUUCCCGCAACCGUCUGGAUAGCAUGUCCGAUGCCUCCGAUCAUGCCGGACUGAACGGCGUGCGUCUAGUUCGAGAGGGUGGUCUCGGUGGGGGUUUCGAAGAGUUCAAGCUCCUUGAGAAGCUCUUCCUGGACUUCGGGUCCCUUGAAGAUCAGCUUCAAGAAUCGAUAGAAGAGGAUGGAGGUCUGAUUGCCAUGGGUGGGGAGUUGAUUCCAGAUAGAAUGGCCAAUCUCAGCGAUGCCGGCAGCAAUGCUGUUAAGAGUGAGAUGGGUGACGUGAGCGAGCAUCAAUCAGAUGGUGCUGGUGGACGUCGCGAGUCAUGGAUCCCCGUUAAUAGCCCUGGUAUGCCAUUACCUGGCCACGACGGAGACCGCCGCCCCAGUCUUCCUUUACCAAACACCAAUCGCCCGAUGCCAUCUCAAUCACCUUAUUCCCUACCAUCCCUCCAGCAACACCACCCAGACGGCCCUAUGUAUGCUACCUCGUCACCUCCGAAUCUGCCAUCCUUGGCUGCAACCACCCAGUCUCCGUCACAGUAUCUUGCCGCUACAAGCAACCGCCUCCAACCCAUCAACUCCUGGCUUCCUGCCCGUCCCUCAGCUCCACCUCCUCCAUACUCGCAAUCCCUGCCUCCAAUCAAUGCUCCCGCUCCACACGUCCCCGUCCUACCACCACCAGGAACUGUCACUCAGCUAGCGCCUUCACCUCCAUUGACCUCGACCGAAGGUCCCGAUACGAGCCUUCUAUCUACCAGUCUCGGCGGUGACGAUAUUAUGGCCUUCCUAGACGGAGGAGACUGGGGACAACUGUCCCUAAUCCAACCUUCCGAAGUCGGUAUCCCGACUGGAUGGCUAAGCGCUUUAUGGACUACCUUCAGCCGGUAG